GAGAUCCGUUUCUACAUUUUCUCUCUCUAUCUCUUUCAUCCCUCUCUCUCUCUCUCUAAGUUCUCUUUGUUCCUUAUCUCGUCUCUCACGUUCUCACUUUCUCUCCCCCAUACAGAUUUUCCACCCUCCAAGAAGAGAAUAGCGCAAGAAAAUUUCCAUUGUUUUGAGGCGCAAACACACACAGUCUAAGCUAUAGACACUUCCAUAUUUGAAAUCAUAGCACUUAAUGCCUUCUUAUCUCACUCUUUAUUGCGACCUUUUUCGAUCUGAAACGCCGCUUCUAUAUUAAUUUCUCUAUAUAUAUCUCUUUCAAUUUCGUUCCACCUUGUCAAAAUUUCUAGGUUUUCUUUCUUCUCUGCGGUUUUCGUUUUUCAGCUGCGGCGGAGCCCUAGAUUGGCUUGCGGCGCGGUGGCUAUUGUUGCCGCUUGUGGUUUGUGGUUUCUUGUUCGAUCUGUGGGAAGGAAACCCUGCGUGACGGUGUUAUUGUAUUUAGCUCUACGAACCCUAAUUUUGGUGUGAACAAGGGAUCUGGUUUGUUUUUGGCGGUGGUGCAGUUUUUGUUUUUGUUAAGGGUGGUGCUGCGGUGUGUGUGGUGAAUUCGGUUUUGUUUAUCAGUGGUUGCCCAUGCUAUUAGGUUGAUUUUGAUGCCGCCGGAACCAUUGCCUUGGGAUCGAAAGGACUUCUUCAAGGAGAGGAAGCACGAGAGGUCGGAAUCGGUUGGGUCUGUGGCGAGAUGGAGAGAUUCUUCUCAUCACCGAGACUUGAAUCGAUGGGGAUCCACGGAAUUUCGCAGACCGCCUGGUCAUGGUAAGCAGGGUGGUUGGCAUAUGUAUUCUCAAGAGCCUGGUCAUGGUUACGGGGUUUCUCGGUCUGGUGACAAGAUGUUGGAAGAAGAUAGUCGACCAUCGGCUUCACGUGAUGGUAAAUACGGCAGGAGCAGUAGAGACAGUAGAGGUUCGUCUGGCCAGAGAGAUUGGAGAGGUCAUUCGUGGGAAGCCACCAAUGGCUCCCCUAAUUUAUCCAGGAGACCAUCAGAUAUGAAUAGUGACCGGAGGUCAGUUGAUGAUUCCACAACAUAUUCCUCUCAUCCCCAUUCUGCUUCUGUGAACACUCGGGAACAGCAUCAAUUGAAAGACCUGCAUGAUAAGAUUGGUGGUGUCAAUGAGUUGGAAGCAGCACCAAGAUGUGAUAAAGAGAAUUCUUCAAUUGACUGGAAGCCACUAAAAUGGAACCGAUCUGGAAGCUUGUCUUCUCGAGGCUCCGGUUUUAGCCACUCAAGUAGCUCACGGAGCUUGGCAGGGACAGAUUCCAAUGAAGCAAAGCCUGAUUUGAAACCCAAAAAUAUCACUGCUAUUAAGUCUCAUUCAGGGGAAGGCACUGCAUGUGUGACAUCUUCUAUGCCAUCUGAAGAUACAGCUUCUAGAAAGAAGCCUAGGCUAAAUUGGGGUGAGGGGCUCGCGAAGUACGAGAAGAAAAGAGUUGAGCGACCUGAUGCAGGAGCAAACAAAGAUGGCUCAGUCUCGUCUGCUGGCAAUAUGGAACCUUGUAAUUUCAUUAGCUCCAACUUAGUAGAUAAAAGCCCAAAAGUUACAGGAUUUUCAGACUGUGCAUCUCCUGCAACUCCAUCUUCUGUUGCCUGCAGUUCCUCACCAGGCGUGGAUGAUAAAUUAUUGGAAAAAAUUGCAAAUGCAGACAAUAAUUUAAGUAAUUCGAGUGAUUCACCUGCUACUGGGUUCCGGAAUCACCUGCAGAAGUUUUAUCUUAACCUUGAUAAGCUGGAUAUUGACUCCUUGAAUAAUUUGGGCUCUUCAAUUGUUGAGUUAGUACAGUCUGAUGAUCCAAGUUCUGAAGAUUCUUGUCUAGUUAGGUCGAAUGCAAUUAAAACGUUACUCAUAUGGAAAGCUGACAUUUCAAAGGUAUUGGAGGUGACUGAAUCUGAAAUUGAUUUGCUUGAAAAUGAACUUAAGUCUCUAAAAUCUGAUUCUGUGGAUAGAUAUCAGUCUCCAGAAGCAUUGGGCUCCCAGCAGGCAGAUAGCAGUAUAAAAAUCUAUGAAGAACAAGAAGUCUCUCAGAAGGUUAUUCGGCCAGUACCAUUGAAAAUUAUUUCUUCCGAUGAACCUAAUAUAGAGAAGAUGCCGCUGUCAACUAAUUUAUGUAGUAUUCAUGAUAAUGACAAGGAAGAGGAUAUUGACAGUCCUGGAUCAGCAACUUCUAAAUUUGUUGAGCCUCUGCCUUUGGUAAAAGCAGUUUCUUCACGUGAUACUGGGGGAUAUGAUAACUUAUCAAGGGACAUGGAUACUGUUCAGUCUACUUCGAUGAAAUGCUUAGUCCGGUGUACUACUAGGAAAGAUCCUAGUGUAUCUGCUUGUAAUGAUUUCAAUACCCCUAUGGAUGUAAAGGAAACCUUUGGAGCAAACGCAUGUUCUAUCUAUGAGGAUACUUAUAAUUCAAUUAUUGCUUCAAAUAAAGAAUCUGCAAACAAAGCGCAUGGAGUAUUUGCUAAGUUAGUGCCCAAUGACUGUAAAAAGCUUGUUAACAUGGGAGUCAGCAAUGAUUCAUCCUGUCAUACAUUUGUUAUGGAAAAAUUUGCCGAGAAAAAGCGUCUUGAAAAAGUGAAGGAGAAAGUUGCUGCACUCAAGUUCAAAGCCUUGCAUCACUUGUGGAAAGAAGAUAUGCGCUUAUUGUCUAUUAAGAAAUGCCGGCCAAAAUCUCAUAAGAAAAAUGAACCAAGUAGUAGUAAUCUGAAAAACCGAUCUUCCAUUCGUUCCCGGUUUCCUUUCCCAGGUGGAAAUCAUCUAAGCUUGGUUCCAACAUCAGAGCUUAUUGAUUUCGCAAGCAAACUUCUUUCAGAAUCCCAAACGCAGAUUCAGAGAAACACCCUGAAGAUGCCAGCAUUAAUAUUGGAUGAGAAAGAAAAGAUGGUUACAAGAUUCAUAUCUAGUAAUGGGCUGAUUGAAGAUCCGCUGGCUACUGAGAAAGAAAGAAAUAUGAUCAAUCCUUGGACAUCAGAAGAGAAGGAAAUAUUCUUAGAGAAAUUUGCUGUGUUUGGAAAAGAUUUCCGGAAAAUUGCUUCUUUCCUUGAUCACAAGACAACUGCGGACUGUGUAGAAUUCUACUACAAGAAUCACAAAUCUGAGUGUUUUCAGAAAUUGAAAAUGAAAGAUGUUGGUAAGCUAGGGAAGUCAUAUGCAGCUAGAACUAACUUGAUGGCAUCAGGUAUAACAUGGAAUCAUGAAGUUAAUGUUUCUUCCUUUGAUAUUUUGAGUGCAGCUUCACUGAUGGCAGAUGACAUUGCAGGUAAUAAAAGGAUGCGAGCAGGAAGAUUCCUUUUGGAAGGAUUUGAUAAUAUAAAAUCAUCGAGGGGCGGGGACAGCAUUAUAGAGAGAUCAAAUAGUCCGGACACUCUUGGGGAUGAAAGGGAGACUGCUGCUGCAGCUGAUGUAUUGGCUGGUAUAUGUGGGUCGUUUUCAUCCGAGGCUAUGAGCUCCUGCAUAACAAAUUCAAUUGAUCCUGUAGAUGGUAAUAAGGAAAGGGAAUUCUUGAAAGCGAACCCUUUGCGCAAACAAACCUUGACGCCUGAUAUUUCUCAGAGUGCUGAUGAUGAGACUUGUUCAGAUGAGAGCUGUGAGGAAGUAGAUCUUUCUGGGUGGACAGAUGAUGAGAAGGCGGCUUUUCUUCAGGCUGUAUCAUCUUUUGGUAAGGAUUUUACUAAGAUAGCACAGUGUGUAGGCACAAGGUCCAGAGAACAUUGUAAAGUCUUCUUCAGCAAGACUCAAAAGUGCCUUGGAUUAAAUCUCGUACGCCCUAUACCUGGAAUUGUAGGAUCCCCGCCGAAUGAUGAUGCAAAUGGUGGUGAGAGUGACACAGAUGAUGCAUGUCUUGUUAAGGCAGGCUCUGUGGUUGAUGCUGAUAAGUCUGGGAAUAAGACAGACGAGGACCUGCCUUCUGAUGCCUUGAAUACAUUCCAUGAUGAAUCCAAUCCUCUGGAAGUUAGGAGCUUGUCAGCUGAAUUAAAUGAAUCAAGAGAAAUCACUGGGACAGAAGUACAUCUUGAAAAUGUAGAUAUGGUUUCCGAUGUUUGUGCAAUUAAGGUUGAAACUAGGCCGGGUUCUGAUGAUAGCGGAGUUAGCUUGGGCAAAACUGACAAGUCUUGUUCAGUCAAUGAGCAUCCAGUUAAAAUUACAUCUGAUAGCAUAGAAGUUGCCAAAGGUAAAACAAAUAAAUUGGGAGAUGCAGUUAGAGAAUCAAUUUCUACUGUAGGAAUAAUUAAACCACUGGAGUGUGGUUCUGUUGCUAUGGAUACAACGGUUUCAGAGGGUUCUUCUGGAGAUCUCAGAAAUGAAGUGGAAAGAAGGCAAAGAGUGGCAGCACCCCCUUGCUCUGAUGACAGAGAUGAUAAACAUGAAGCUGAUGCAGGUGUUGCAGUUGAAUCGAAAAGUUGUGUGUUAGAGUCAAGCACGACCGCAAAUCUUUCAUUCUCACAUGUGGCCAAUUCAUGCUCAGGAUUGAGCUUUGGUUCUGAAAAUAAGCAUGUCUCCUUUGGAAAGCCUCAUGCCUCAGCAUUAUCUACAAACAAUUCUUGGGCUACUACAAAUUCGUUGUUGCUAAACGCUGCUGCUGCUCCAUGUGAAAAAGCAAUUAGCCAGGAUAGAUUGUCCUCUAAUUGUGAUGUUCAAAGAGGUAGAGAUAUGGGGUGUCAUAGUUCUGGUAGCAACGGUGACCAUCAGUUUCCUCUUCCAUGCAAUCAUCUUGAGACUGUUAGCAUCCUCCAGGGCUAUCCCUUGCAGGUGCCCGUCAAGAAGGAAGUGGACGGGGAUGUGAACUGCAGCAGUUCAGUGACUGAGUUCCCCUUUCCCCAAAAAGUCAAACAGACUGAUGAUCAUUUCAAAACAUUAUGGCAUUCUUCUGAUUCAGAAAACACAUCCAGAAAUGGUAAUGUGAAACUGUUUGGAAAGAUUAUAACCAAUCCUUCUUCCAAUCAGAAACCUAAUUUGAUUACGAAGGGAAGUGAAGAAAAUGGUACUCAUCAUCAUCCCAAGUCAAGCAACAAGUCUUGUAAGCGUAAAAUUACUAGCCAUCAAAAUUCUGAUGGAAAGUUGAAAAUUUUAAAGUUUGACCGUGCUGAUUAUCUUGGCGUUGAAAAUGUUCCAGUGAAGAGUUAUGGUUAUUGGGAAGGGACUGGAAUAACACAAACUGGUCUCCCAUCAUUGCCCGAUUCUUCCUUCUUGUUAGCUAAAUAUCCUGCUGCCUUCAGCAAUUAUCCUACAUCAUCUUCCACUUUGGAGCAACAACCAUUGCAGGCGUUUGGUGCAUCUACUUUUACUGCUAGAGACAUCAAUGGAAGCAAUGCCAUGAUUGACUGUCCGAUGUUUAUAAGUAGGGAUGGUCCGAAAGUGCAGCCAUUUAUAGUAGAUGUCAAGCACAGCCAAGAUGUAUUCUCUGAGAUGCAGAGAAACAGUUUUGAAGCAAUAUCUAGUUUGCAGCAGCAUGGAAUAGGAGUGAUGGGAAUGAAUGGCGUUGGAAGACCUGGGAUUCUAGUGGGUGGGUCAUGCAGUGGUGUCUCUGAUCCUGUAGCAGCAAUCAAAAUGCAUUAUUCUAAUUCCGAGAAGUAUGGUGGUCAGAACGGGAGUAUCUUGAGAGAUGAUGAAUCUUGGGGAGGGAAAGGGGACAUAGGCAGGUAGUAGAUGUGUUUAGUGGCAAACUUGUCUUUUUUGCCGAGUCCUGUAUAAUAGUUUUUGUUUACUGCUCAAUACAGUGUAGGAGGCUGAUUUAAUGGUUCUCAAGCCUGUCUUUUUUGGUAAAAUAUUAGGUGCUUGUAAUGUGGAAGCAAGCAGCUUUGUAUUUGUUGUAUUUGAUGAAAAUACAGAAAUAAUCUGGAUGUUAGGAGGGGCGAUUGCCAUUAACCAUUUUGGUUUGAAUCACAUGCGCCCCCAUUUCAUCUCAUUCCCGAAACUAUUUGGCUAUUUGUUUGAA